GUCGGCGUCGCUACACCCGACGGCGGAAGCAGAGUAUGUCGGUUGCCCUUGUUGUCAACCUCUCCUCCCUCUCAUUCUCAUCUCCCGCCUCGCACUCGCUUUGCCCUCUGUUGCCGUAAAACCAACCUCCCCCGUCUUCCUCCUCGGACCCCAUGCCCUUCGCUUCUUCUUCUUCAUCUACGCCCGGCUUCGUCCGCCGGACUGCGGAGUCCGAUGAGGAGAGCGAGACCUCCUCAUCCGACGAAGAAAACGGCUUCGAGGAGGAACCCCCGGUCGAGGAAGUCGAUGCCGCUGAGGAAGCUGCUCUCCGCAAGAGGAAGCGCCCGCCCCCCAUCACCAUCAGUCUCAAGAAGGUCUGCAAGGUGUGUAAGGAGUCGGGCCACGAAGCGGGGUUCAGGGGAGCUACCUACAUCGACUGCCCCAAAAAGCCUUGUUUCCUCUGCAAAAUGCCUGGUCACACUACGAUGUUCUGUCCCCAUCGGGUAGCAAUGGAGCAUGGGGUGAUUCCGGCCCCUGAAAAGAAUACUAAGACGUCAUUGGAUUAUAUCUUCAAGCGGCAAAUUAAUGAUAAAAUUCCCAAAAUCAAACCUGAAUUUGUGAUCCCUGAUCAAGUAGACUGUGGGUUAAUAAGGUUUCAUAGCAGACGAAUAACAUGCUUGGAAUUUCAUCCAACAAGGAAUAACAUUCUUCUAUCCGGAGAUAAGAAAGGGCAACUUGGAAUCUGGAACUAUGUCAAACAGCUUGAAAGGACAAUUUAUGGGUCCAUACACUCAUGCAUAGUUAACAACAUAAAGUUUAGCUUAGGCAAUGAUGCAAUGGUUUAUACAUCAUCCUCUGAUGGAACUGUCAAUUGCACUGACAUGGAGACUGGAAUCAAAACUCUUUUGUUUGAUCUUAAUCCUGAAGGAUGGAAUGGACCUGCAACUUGGAGGAUGCUAUAUGGCAUGGAUGUUAAUAUUGAGAGAAGUGUUUUAUUUGUAGCAGACAACUUUGGAUAUCUCUACUCUGUGGAUAUGCGAUCAAACAAGCACACUGGCGAACCAAUUUUAAUACAUAAGAAGGGUAGCAAGGUUGUGGGGCUUCAUUGUAAUCCUGUACUACCAGAUCUUCUUCUAAGCUGUGGCAAUGACCACUUUGCUCGGAUAUGGGAUGCAAGACGAUUAAAUAUUGAUUCUUCUCUCGCUAGUCUUGCACAUGGACGUGUUGUUAACUCAGCAUAUUUCUCACCUUUGUCUGGAAACAAAAUCCUAACUACAUCUCAAGACAAUCGCAUUAGAGUGUGGGAUUCAAUUUUUGGCAAUUUGGAAUCUCCAAGUAGGGAGAUUGUCCACAGCCAUGAUUUCAACCGUCACCUAACUCCUUUCCGAGCCGAGUGGGAUCCAAAGGAUCCUUCUGAAUCUCUUGCUGUUAUUGGUCGUUACAUAAGUGAAAACUAUGAUGGAGUGGCUUUACAUCCUAUUGACUUUAUAGACACAAGUACUGGCAAGCUUGUGGCUGAAGUAAUGGACACAGAUGUAACAACAAUCACCCCUGUUAAUAAGCUUCAUCCUCGCGAGUAUAUUCUGGCAUCAGGAAGUUCAAGAACAAUAUUAAUUUGGAAGAUAAAACCAGAAAAGUGGAAAACAAAGACAGAACCAGAGAGGAAGCAAUUCAUAUUUAACAACACUGAGAAGAAACGUCAUGGAAAAGUUGACAGUGACAGUGAUGGUGAUUCUGAUAUCGACCCCAAAGGGAGACGAAGCAAGACUAAGAAAUGCCAGAGUAAAUGCACUAAAUCUGGUAUGAAGAAAUCUUGACCCCGAAGGGAGACAAAUACACUAAAGCUCAUAUGAAGAAAUCUUCUAAUCGCUGAUGACUGGUAUAACUUAAUUGAAAUGUGAAGUUUGAAUGCCUAUGGCUUGCAUAGUUUUGAUGACCCUUAUUUUGUAGUUGGCCACAUUUUGUUUGUCCCUAUUGGCAUGUGGCACUAAAUAUAAACCUCUUUACAUUGUAAAUAUUGUGUUGUGGGGCUACAUCAGUCGCAGUUUUUAGUUACAGGAUAUCUGCCUAAUGUGGAUCUUUCAUUA